AUAGUUCUCUUGAUGGGUUUCCAAACUAUGAAGUGGUUCACCCUAUCCGAGUGGAUUCAUCAGGACAGUUUUUGUCCAAUCUUGUGUCCCACCGCUUGAGUCGAAUUCAGAGGAGAGAGACGCCAAAUAACAAGAGGCUGACCCGGGUUUUCUACCGUCUGCAGUAUGGUGGUCAGGACCUGCACUUUAACCUCACCCUAAACCCUCAUCUACUAGCGCCUGGAUUCCUCACAGAGCGGAGGUACGGUGGCCUGCGAGGGUCUACGUUACACGGUCACGGCCACUCUCUCUGCUUCUUCUUGGGAGAUGUCUGGAGCAGUAAACUGACCUGGGGUCAAGCAGCUGUGAGCACCUGCAAUGGCCUGACAGGGCUGUUCAAGCUCUCAGGAGAGGAAUUCUUCAUUAGUCCACUGGAGACGGCACAAGAAGAGUCGAACCCACAGGCUCACGCCAUCUACAAGAGACAUGCUGUCCAAUCAGAACGCCAGCUGGUGCAACCUCUGUUCGGGGAGCACACAGCCAACGCCACCUGUGGGGUCAGAGGAGAGGCAGAGCAGGUGGAGAGGCAGCGAGAGCGCUGGGAGAGACGGCAGCGGCGCAGGCGCAUCAGACAGCGAUCCAUCAGCUCCGAGAAGUGGGUCGAGACUCUGGUAGUGGCUGAUUCGAAAAUGGUGGAGUACCAUGGAAGGAAAGGAGUUGUGAGCUAUGUGCUCUCUGUCAUGAAUAUUGUGGCAGGGUUGUUUCGGGAUCCCAGCAUCGGAAAUGCCAUCAACAUUGCAGUCGUGCGUCUCAUUCUGCUGGAAAAGGACGAGGAGGAUUUGAAGAUCAGCCAUCAUGCCGACCACAGCCUGAACAGCUUCUGUAAGUGGCAGAAAGGCAUUAACAUGAAGGACGACGACCAUCCGGUCCAUCAUGACGUGGCUGUCCUGAUCACAAGGAAAGACAUUUGUGCCGCCAUCAAUAAGCCCUGUGAGACGUUGGGUCUGUCUCAUGUGGCUGGGAUGUGUCAGCCUCACCGCAGCUGCAGUAUUAAUGAAGACACUGGCCUUCCUCUGGCGUUCACGGUUGCACAUGAGCUCGGACACAACUUUGGGAUUCAGCACGACGGGAACGGCAACGACUGCGAGCCCAUCGGGAAAAGGCCUUUCGUCAUGUCUCCACAGCUCCUGUACGGCACCUCUCCGCCAAACUGGUCUCGCUGCAGUCGUCAGUACAUCACACGCUUCCUCGAUCGAGGCUGGGGCUGGUGUCUGGAUGAUCCUCCCGUCAGAAACGAGCUGUCGAAGCGUUCGUCUCCCGCCGGCGUCCUGUACAGCGCCGCCCACCAGUGCAAGCUCCAGUACGGGUCAAACUCACUGCUCUGUGACGACGUAGACAACAUGUGCAGCACCCUGUGGUGUACGGUGGGCUCGACCUGUCACUCCAGGCUGGACGGGGCCGUGGAUGGGACCAAGUGUGGAGAGGACAAGUGGUGUUUUGACGGUGAGUGUGUGGUGGCGGGCUCCCAGCCUGAAAGCGUGAAUGGAGGCUGGGAUUCGUGGAGCGACUGGUCCGAGUGCACCAGGACCUGCGCCAACCCAGUACCCAAAUAUGGCGGUAAAUACUGUCUGGGAGAACGGCGCAGAUAUCGGACCUGUAACCGUGAACCCUGCCCUGUGGACCAGCCCAGCUUCAGAUACAUUCAGUGCACCCGCUUUAACACAGUCCCUUAUAAGGGGAAGUUUUAUAAAUGGACGCAUGUGAAUAACAGAGUUGAUCCGUGCGAGCUGCACUGCAGACCUGUGAACGAGCAGUUCUCGGAGCGGAUGCUAGACACGGUCUUGGACGGGACGCAGUGUUAUGAAGGCAGUCAGAGACGAGACAUAUGCGUGAACGGCAUUUGCAAGUACAUAGGCUGUGAUUAUGAAAUCGACUCGGAUGCCGUUGAGGAUCAAUGUGGGGUUUGCCAUGGAAAUGGAUCUACAUGUGAGACAGUGAGAAAGACCUUUGAGGACAGCGAAGGGCUCGGCUAUGUAGACAUAGGCCUUAUUCCGAAAGGGACACGGACAUCCGUGGCAGGGUUGUUUCGGGAUCCCAGCAUCGGAAAUGCCAUCAACAUUGCAGUCGUGCGUCUCAUUCUGCUGGAAAAGGACGAGGAGGAUUUGAAGAUCAGCCAUCAUGCCGACCACAGCCUGAACAGCUUCUGUAAGUGGCAGAAAGGCAUUAACAUGAAGGACGACGACCAUCCGGUCCAUCAUGACGUGGCUGUCCUGAUCACAAGGAAAGACAUUUGUGCCGCCAUCAAUAAGCCCUGUGAGACGUUGGGUCUGUCUCAUGUGGCUGGGAUGUGUCAGCCUCACCGCAGCUGCAGUAUUAAUGAAGACACUGGCCUUCCUCUGGCGUUCACGGUUGCACAUGAGCUCGGACACAACUUUGGGAUUCAGCACGACGGGAACGGCAACGACUGCGAGCCCAUCGGGAAAAGGCCUUUCGUCAUGUCUCCACAGCUCCUGUACGGCACCUCUCCGCCAAACUGGUCUCGCUGCAGUCGUCAGUACAUCACACGCUUCCUCGAUCGAGGCUGGGGCUGGUGUCUGGAUGAUCCUCCCGUCAGAAACGAGCUGUCGAAGCGUUCGUCUCCCGCCGGCAUCCUGUACAGCGCCGCUCACCAGUGCAAGCUCCAGUACGGGUCAAACUCACUGCUCUGUGACGACGUAGACAACAUGUGCAGCACCCUGUGGUGUACGGUGGGCUCGACCUGUCACUCCAGGCUGGACGGGGCCGUGGAUGGGACCAAGUGUGGAGAGGACAAGUGGUGUUUUGACGGUGAGUGUGUGGUGGCGGGCUCCCAGCCUGAAAGCGUGAAUGGAGGCUGGGAUUCGUGGAGCGACUGGUCCGAGUGCACCAGGACCUGCGGCACGGGCGUUCAGAAUGCCCAGAGGGACUGUGCCAACCCAGUACCCAAAUAUGGCGGUAAAUACUGUCUGGGAGAACGGCGCAGAUAUCGGACCUGUAACCAUGAACCCUGCCCUGUGGACCAGCCCAGCUUCAGAUACAUUCAGUGCACCCGCUUUAACACAGUCCCUUAUAAGGGGAAGUUUUAUAAAUGGACGCAUGUGAAUAACAGAGUUGAUCCGUGCGAGCUGCACUGCAGACCUGUGAACGAGCAGUUCUCGGAGCGGAUGCUAGACACGGUCUUGGACGGGACGCAGUGUUAUGAAGGCAGUCAGAGACGAGACAUAUGCGUGAACGGCAUUUGCAAGUACAUAGGCUGUGAUUACGAAAUCGACUCGGAUGCCGUUGAGGAUCAAUGUGGGGUUUGCCAUGGAAACGGAUCUACAUGUGAGACAGUGAGAAAGACCUUUGAGGACAGCGAAGGGCUCGGCUAUGUAGACAUAGGCCUUAUUCCGGAAGGAGCACGGGACAUCCGUAUUGAGGAAGUCGCAGAGGCUGAGAACUACUUGGCAUUACGCAGUAGUGACCCUGAUAAAUAUUUCCUGAACGGUGGCUGGACGAUCCAGUGGAAUGGCGAGUAUAAGGGAGCAGGAACAGUAUUCACUUAUGAAAGGACCGGGCAGCUGGAAAACAUAUCUUCCCCCGGGCCGACCAUGGAGCCGGUGUGGAUUCAGCUGCUUUUUCAGGAGUCGAAUCCUGGGGUGAGGUACGAGUACACCAUAAGCAGAGACACUCUAGUCGAUUCCAACAACGGCACUGCUGUCUCGUAUUUCCAGUGGAUUUAUGGGAGUUGGACUCAGUGCAGCGCCACAUGUGGAACUGGUGUGCAAAGACAAGUUGUACACUGUGUGGAGAGAACAUCUGGGAUCGUUGAGGAGCAUUACUGUGAUCAGUCUGCUAGGCCUGAUGACAAGCAAACUACCUGUAAUAAGGGCUCAUGUCCAGCCAUAUGGUGGGUUGGAGAGUGGCAGAAGUGCUCAUCUAGCUGUGGGGACAUGGGGCUUAGGAAGAGAACAGUGCUGUGUAUUCGGAGCCUAGGGCUGGAUGAGCAACAAGCGCUUCAGCCCACUGAAUGUCAACACUCGCCUAAGCCUGAGUCAAUCGUCCCGUGUAACACACGCGUGUCCUGUCCUGCUGACUGGACUUCAGGAAGCUGGUCUGAGUGCUCAGUGAGCUGUGCAGCUGGUGUCCGCACACGUGACGUGACCUGCAGCUGGAAUACCGGUGAAGACUGUGAUCCGAAAGCCAAGCCUAAUUCAACCAUGCCAUGCUACGCUAAGGACUGCCCCAUAAACUCGGACAUCUUUGGCAACGACUGGUCAGGAAGUGGAGCGUCCAGCAAAGAGUUUUUCAAUGAGAUAAAAGCUAUACCUCAUGACGGUCUUACUCUAAAUCAGCCCAGGGGCAAUGUUGACCUCAAUGACAUUAUAGAAGAUGAUUUCUCACAUUACAGUCAUAUUGAAAAGUCCUCGGAAAAUUCGAUUGUGAAAAAUCUUCAAGUUGAUGAUUUUUACUAUGACUAUAACUUUAUAAAAUUCCACGAGGACCUGUCUUAUGACCUUAAUAAAGACGAAAAGGAUAUGUUUGAUAACUCAGGAAUAAAACAUGGAGGGACAGAUGUCCCCGUAACUACCUCUUCUGCAAACCAAUACAGUCCCACCACUAUUCGCUUUGACAGCAUUACAGCUACUGAAGGUCGUGGACCUCAAAAGAAAGACGUACUGGAGGAAAAUAAUGAUGAGCUAUUUGCUGAGGACUAUUUUCUGCCUGUUAUUACAACAACUGAACCCUCCUCUGUAGCGACCAGGUUAUUUAACAAAUUGAAGGCAUCAGACUUUGAUAUUGGCUUGAGUCCGGACAUCAGCAUUACAAGGAAACCUCCAUCCACUGCAGAUGUGUCCCCUCAGGACAAGCUCACAUUAUCAUAUGGAACUGUGCCAAACAUCGUUUUAACUCAAGAAACACAUGUAAGCUUGAACGGAAAGUCAAAUAACAACGACGAAUACAAAGGCAGUCAAAAAGAUGAAGAUGUUUCUGUGGGUGAAAGUGACUGGGAAAGCUUUCAACCUCAGCAUAGCACUCAAAAUUAUGAACCGAAAAGGCUGUUUCGGUUUGAGAACAGACACGUUUAUAAUCCCACUACUCGAUUACAAUGGAUUACGACCUCGCCGCCAGUCUCGCUGAGUGCAACUUCUCAACCAAUGGAUCUUCUACGCAGUGCUCCCAGUGAAGAUUUCACUGUCCAAACAACUAAAACGAAGGCUAGUGAACCAUGGUCCGCUGUAACGACCUCAGAUAGCCUUUCUCAAGAGUCUUCUCCGUCUCUAACUUCCUCUAUCCCAGCCGAACAUUACAGUAGCAUGACCUCAGCAGCUGGAACAACAGCUCUACCUCCUACAGAAACGGAAAGUGACUUUGAGCCCCCACUCUUCACUCCGACUGAGAUUCCUGACACUACAAUCGCAGCUGAACCUCACAGUUCAAUCGGGCCUAGAAUAGAGCCUUGGGGAACUCCGAUCCCCUUACCUCGCUUGACAGAGACUGGCAACAAUGAGAUUAUUAUUUCCCGAACCCUUAGACCUACUGGGCUGAACUCGACUCUCUCUACUCCUACUGAGCAGCCAUCUCAGGACAUUAGCAUUGAGCAUUCAGUGCAUUCUUCUAGCCCUAUGAUGCCCACUGGGCUGGUCAUGUCUUCCCUUUCCCCCUCGGUCUCCCCUGCACACUGGAAAAAAGGCAACUGGAGUGCUUGCUCCACAAGUUGUGGGCUUGGUGCCAUCUGGAGAUCAGUGUCCUGCAGCACUGGUGAAGAAUCAGACUGUGAUUUAGCUACUAGGCCCGUGCCAGCGCGCCGCUGCUACCUUCGACCCUGCUCUGCAUGGAAAAUUGGACAGUGGACUAAAUGCUCGAAAAACUGUGGUGUAGGAGUGAAGGUUCGGGAGAUUCAUUGUUACGACACACGGGAUCAAAGGUUGCUGAGGCCGUUUCAUUGUCAGGCCACCUCCCCUAGACCUCCUGUCCGGAUUCCCUGUAACAUCCACAACUGUUUAGAUUGGUACACCUCCUCUUGGGGGCAGUGUUCAGAGCUGUGUGGAGUUGGGGAGCAACAGAGGCUGGUCACUUGCCCUGAAACUGGGAAAUGUGAUGACGACGGGAAGCCCAGCUACAUCCAGACUUGCAACAUCCAUCCAUGCAACCAGUGGAUUACUGGAUCCUGGGGUCAGUGCUCUGUGACCUGCGGAGGAGGCAUUCAGCAGCGAUUGGUCAAAUGUGUCAACACUAAGGCCGAGCUUGAGGACGAAAAUGAGCAUGUGGAUUGUGAUCAUGAACCUCGACCAAAGAACACAAAGAAGUGUAACGUUCAUGACUGUGACAGCGCCCCCUCUGGUCAGUUGUGUUUACGGGACCAUUUGACACUCCGCUUCUGUCAGACCCUCCGAUGGCUUGGCCGAUGUCAGGUGCCUUCGGUCCGGGGAAAGUGUUGCAGGACCUGCGGGCUCCCAUCACGGGGCGGAGAACGCACUGCAAGCCGCUGACAUACAAAGAGAUUGA